CACUUGACACUUGACAGUUGAUAGUUCUGCGUAGUGCUUAGGUAAUGUUUAUAUCUUUUUUGACCUCUUAUAAUAAAACAAAAUUCUAAAAAAUAAGAUAAAGCAAUAUGAGGACAUACAAGAAAUAAACAUUAAGGCGUGUUAUAGCUUACGGUAUGAAUUGCGAGGGAGUCGCAAUAGUAAUAUUGAUUAAAAGAUGAACGAAUAGUUGUAUUCUGGUCUAAUUAUCAUUUUUUUUAUUCAUUUAUUACAAAAAUAUCUGCAACAUGUUUCCAAACAAGAUUAAAUUGAUAACUUUUGAUGCUACAAACACAUUAUUAAAAUUUUGUACAACUCCAUGGGAGUACUAUUCAAAAGUAGCCAGUGAAAAUGGUUAUAAAGUCAGUGAAGAUGUAAUAAAGGAUCAAUUUUAUAAAAGCUAUAGAGUUUUCUCACAGGAAUAUCCUAAUUUUGGUAGGGAAACUAUACACUGGGAUAAUUGGUGGAGAAGAAUAGUACAUGCUACAUUUAAUGACCAAAUAAGAGAUACUGCUGCCAUAAAUAGAAUAGCUACUGCACUCAUUGAAGAUUACAAGACUCCAAAAUGUUGGUGCCAUGCAAAAGGAUCACUGGAGCUUUUAAGAUACCUAAAAAAACAUGGAGUGACCUUGGGUGUUAUUUCUAAUUUUGAUCCACGCCUACAUGAAAUUUUGCAUAAAAUGUGUGUACAUUCUUACUUCAAGUUUGUUUUAACAUCAUACGAAGCAGGUUAUAGCAAGCCAGAUAGAAGAAUUUUUGAAUCAGCUGUGAAGCUUAGCUCUGCACCAGUCUUGCCACAUGAAUGUUUACACAUUGGUGAUGAUUUCAAAAAGGAUUUUGAAGGGGCCAAAGGAGCAGGUUGGCAUGGUAUUCUUGUAAGAGAUAAUAAAAGUUCUUUAGAACAAUUAAAUCCAAAAUAUCAGUGCCUUAACCUGAUUGAGCUGAAAGGGAGAUUUCAUUCAGAAAAAAUGUUUUUAUGAAAUCAACAUUUUUGAAUUCAGUGCAUACUUAUAAGAUUUUUUUAGAGGUUUCAAUAUUUCAUUUAACAACAAGUUAGUCCUUCAUUUGCUAUAACUACAUAUUAAGUUUUUUAGUUUGUAAGUUUAACAUUGUUUUGUUAUAAUCAUUAUUAUAUAUGAAAACCUGUUUAAACUCGUUAACUUUAUUGGACGAUUAUAAAAAUAAUAAAAAAAAU